AUGGCUUCCCACCACGUACUCCCCCUAGUUCGAUCUGCUAAAAGACGCUUAACCGACGCAGAGGAAGUUAUUGACGGUAAUAAAUGUCGGCGGCUUGGAGACACGGCAACUAGUGCUCUUGACAUAAAUAAUGUGGUCGAUAAUAUUUGGAAGACGUCAAAUGAACUAGAACUGGUUGAGCUUGUACACUGGGAGCGAUCUUCCCUCGAAAGGGUAAUGGAUCGCUUCCUAGCUAAACUUAACUAUUAUAGGAAGCGAUGUAAAGAUCAAGGAAUAAAAGCCGACCAACUGGCCGAGCGCCUUCAAAAGCGCAUUCGAUGCGAAGACAUCCUCGCUACUGUGUUGCGCUUGCUCAGGUCUCGCCCUGCAAGCGAAGAGCAUUAUGACAAUUUUCCCCAUAUAAUACGAUCAUUCGUAAAGGAGCUAGUGUUCUCACUGGAAGAUGACUCGUUGGACAUCCGAUUGCGAAGUCUUCAGCUGAUGAAAUCCUUGUUAGACAAGAACGAGGAGCCAGCGGGAGCGAAAACAUAUGACUUGGCGGGACAAACGAUCGUUGCGGAAGGCGGCAUUUCCAAAAUUUUUUUCAUGUUAGGGUUACCUGUAAGGAAGCUUCAAACACUCUCAUUGACAAUAUUAGAGACUAAUUUGAAGAAGUUUGGUACAGAAAUUGUGCGGAACAAGGGACUCCGAGGUCUUUUGGCUGUUCUAGAAGCUCAAUGGCAAGAGACUAACAUUUCUCUUAAAGAUUUAGACUUUUCAACUUGUACCUCCGCUUUGCGUAUUAUAGGAUAUGUAAUGAGAUUAGAGAAGUCUGCUCGCAAUAAAUUACUGGAAGGAGUGAUGAAGACGAUAAUUCCAUGUGUAGCUCCCACUAUCAAUGCUUUGUUAAAUGGUCAUCAAGUCGAAGCAAAGAUAUUGAGGAUGUUGGAGCAGUUAGUUCUGAUCACAUGUUGUUGUUGCGAAGCUUCCGAAUCCGCGCGACAACAAAUAGUAAAGAAUAAAACUCAUAGAGACUUUGUUAGACUAAUCCCUUGGUACGUGCGAAUAGUAGAAGACGCUAAAUUGGGAUCGGAUGAAGCAAGAAGAGAGGGGAUCACUUUUAAAAGUUUACUAAGAGACAUAUCAAUGAAUCACGGAGCGUUUGAUAUAACUGUUCAUAGCCUUCACGUAUUGGAAUACUUGGCUACAGCUUUAUUUAAUUUAUCUCAAGACCGCGCUAUUAAAAGAAGUCGAGAGUUCAGAUCAAUUUUUCCAGAUUUGUCAACGGCAAUAGUUUUGGUCAUAAGAUUGUCGUUUCCACAAUCAAUACGUACAUUUGGUAACGCCUCGACUUCGUUAAUGACGUAUGAGGAUCUUUCAGUAAUACCGGAAGCGUGGAAAUCAAGUCCAAAACUGAUGAACAUUUACCUCAAACUUCUCAUUAGCUGCUAUGAACACAGCACGGAGUUAAGGUCUCACACAUCUCCCCAUGAUGCUCUCAACAUUGUGCGAUUGCUUGUUGCACUAACUGUAAGAAACAAGUUGCAAGAGAAUGAUGACGCCCUGCAAAGCCAUUUGCGAAAACUACUCCGGUUACUUGAAAUAUUCCUACGUAUAGUGUUUCCUGGAAAGACAGACUGUCGUCUAUUUGAAACAAUGCCCCAGGUGUUUGGAAACAGAAGAUCUCACAACACCAUGCCAUUUGAUUUAGACGAGCAGGCACAGCUAAUAUUUUUUAAAGAAUUAGUCCGAGUAGCUCGUGAUGGCAUUGAAGCGACUAGAAACGUCAACGAAGAGGAGUUAUAUAAUUCAGGAAGCAAUAUACGAGCGAGACCAGAAGAAGAGAGAGUUAGCGCGUCGGCGUUUCGGGUACUUUCAUUGAUUACUAGAGAUUUGGAUUGCGCCUCGUUGGUUAUGAACGUAGGAGGAGGCGAAUUUUUUGGGUUACAUCAGAUAGUUCCGUUGAUGAAUACUAAUGCCGAGAUGAUCAGAGCUGCGUCUUGCAUGGAACUGUUGUGUAAUAUGGCUGCAGCUGCGAACGUUCGCAUACGACUGAAGGAAGAGUCGGACUUCAUACCGUUCUUGAUACAAAUGUUUGGUUUAUCAUUAGUUUACAUGAAUAUGCCCGAUAAGAGAGAGUGGGGGAAAGCUGUGGCAAAUGAAUGUCUGGAUAUCAUGGUACGAGAUUUAACCGGAAAGGAUUGGGAUCAGAGACUCUCUAGCUUUGCUUUCGACGUCAGUAGGAUAGAACACCCGCUCAUGCCCAAGGAAAUUAUAGCUUUUUUCGAUCAACGUACAAUAUCAAUGAUUCCGGUGUUGUUUCGAUAUCUAACUAUGUCUCAACAAUCAGGCUGUUCUUUUAUCGAUUACCGUUAUCUUGUUGCAGCAGUGCAAAUACUUGAGCGACUAAUCACCAUCGACGUGCAGACUAUGCGUUGGUUAAUAUCACAAAUGGAGAUAAUUAGAACUCUCAUGAAUAUAAUUAUAUUUCGAGAGCCGCCUGGAACUGAAGAGAUUUCGAUGUCGGUAUUUCGAGUGAUAUCUCAUCUUUUGGAUGCCAAUAGUUUAUUUAAAUCUUUAAUUAUGAACGACUUGUUCGGUAAGUUUAUUGGUACCCUUAUAGUGAAUGGACGGGAUAUAAGCGGUAGAACAAAUGACAAGGCAAGAAGCUUUUGGAUUAAAAGUCAAGAGUUGUUGUAUUCCAAAAGAGUCUGGUCACGUCUCCUAGAACUCAGAAACGUAAUGUCCGAAAAGUGUCAAAACGACCAUGCUGGCAUACGUAAUAUUAGCGACGAGAAUAUUCAUACUACCAAGAAAAUGCCUCAUCUCGACAAAGACACCCUACAGACAUCCAGUGAUCCUUUGCCUAUCAACGUCAAACUGCAUAAGAUGAUAUGUGUUAGUCUGUGUUACUGCUGCCCGGUUUCUUUGUGGGGAUUUAUUGUAUUCGCUGAACAAACUAUGGAUACAAUUGAUACUGAAGCAGAGGAUACUACUGAAUCCGUAUAUUGUACAGUUAGAAAGAUGGUCACGGAUAAAACUAAAACUGGGGGCGAAAUGACUAAUACUGAGAGACUUAUGGCUGCUAGAGCAAUUCAGAACAUGGCAUUCAACGACACUGAGAAUUAUAUUACUGAAAUAAUGUAUGAUAAUGUCGAUGAGCUACAACAGAUGCAUAAUCAAUUACUAACUUGGGCGCAACAAACUGCAGAUGAUAACAAUGUUGUAAUAAUAAUAGCAAAUGAAUGUGAUAGUGUAGAAAUUCCAGUGUCUCGUCAACUGCUUUGUAAUGUGUCUGAGGCAUUUGCUAGGAUGCUGAAUGGAUACUUUGUUGAGUCCUCCCAAUCACGAAUCACGCUUGAAGAAGUAACCGCGAAAUGUCUUGUUACAUUCUCAGAAUUUAUGUUGAAAGCAACUUCAUGCAAUAAUGUUUGUGAUAUUGCGGCAAACACAAUGGAUUUGGACGACGUUCUUUGUUUAUGGAGUUUCUCUGAUAAGUAUAUAAUGGAUUAUCCAAAGCAAUGGUGUGAAAGAUGGAUGCUUGAACAUAUUAGAGGAAAUCAUGUGAUGUUUAAUGAAAUGAGAAUUCUUGGAGACAUUUUAAAGAUAUACAGGUUCUUCACAGAAAACUUUCUUCUUAGUGAAGAUCCAAUCAAUGAAGAGAAGGAUGAUGGAAUGGACACCUAUCGUAUUAUAGUGAAAGAAUGCAUAAAACAGCUGACGUUACAAUUCGGGAAAGUAGUAAUUACUAAUGAAUAUGAAGAAUGGAUGAGAGAGAGUAAAUUAAUAGAUGGAUAUUAUGAGGUAGAGGUUGAUAUUGAUGUGGAUAGACAUGAAAAUAAUAACGAUGAACACGAUUUAUGUAAUGAUGGACCCUUAGUUUUCUUUGAUCGAGUAGAACAAUUGUUACUACACCUAUCUAGGACCGUAGUGACAACCAAUGACUUACUUUCGAUUAAAUAG